UAUCUAAGGGAAGAACUCGCUAAAAUAGAUGAAAGCUGGGCCGCAGCACGCUUUGAUUCAUUACCCCAUGUUGUGCAUAUUUUAACAUCAAAAGAUCGUGAAGGCGAAGUGCAGGUCUUAAAGGAGCAGAGUGAUAUCAUUGAAGAAGUUGUUGACGAAGUUGUUCACGUUUAUCAUGGUGGCUUUAACAAAGCAAUUCAAAAUUAUUCUCAGAUUCUUCGGUUAUUCAGUGAAUCUGCUCAAAGCAUUGGAGCGUUAAAGGUUGAUUUAGCUGAGGCGAAGAAGCUUCUCGGUGCUCAUAAUAAGCAGUUGCAUCAGCUGUGGUAUCGAUCCGUAACUUUGCGACACAUUAUUGCUUUGUUAGACCAAAUUGAAGGCAUAGCUAAGGUACCUGGUCGUAUUGAAAAGCUUCUUGCUGAAGGACAGUUUUAUGCUGCAGUGCAGCUACAUGUUCAGUCAGCUUUAAUGCUUGAGAGAGAAGGUCUUCAGACGGUUGGUGCUCUUCAAGAUGUUCGGUCUGAGUUGACAAAGCUGAGAGGAGUAAUCUUCUAUAAGGUUUUGGAGGACUUACAUGCUCAUCUGUACAAUAAGGGUGAAUACAGCUCAGUUGUUUCAGGAAUAUAUGAAAAUGAUGAUGCAAUUCUAACAUCCAGAGACACUACAUUUUCCAUGAAUUAUUCACGCUCUCUCUCUCGAAGGACCAGGUUGCUGAAAGGAGACAAUAAUUUUGGAACUCAUGGUAAUGGAGAUGUAUUGUACAGACCUGGGUCAGUUGAUGGAGGUGAGGAUGGCACAAUGGAAACACAUGAUGAUGCUACAUCCAAUGGAUAUACUCCUUCAAUGAGGACAAAUGGUGGUGAUAAUAGUGGGAAGGAUGCAAAAGCUGUUUCUCGUCAAAUUCCCAUGUGGUUAUCAGAUUCCACUCCUGACGAAUUUGUUGAAGCAAUAAGAAAGAGUGAUGCUUCUUUACAUGUAAAGUAUUUACAGACUAUGGUUGAAUGCCUCUGUAUGCUUGGGAAAGUUGCUGCUGCAGGUGCUAUAAUAUGCCAAAGAUUGCGUCCUACUAUCCAUGAGAUUAUUACUACCAAGAUCAAAGCACAGGCAGGAUGUUUCAAUGGGGCGAUGCCUAGUCUUGGCCAUGCUGCCUUGCCUACUGUUGCAGCUCUACACUAUCUCAAAGGGCGGCUAGAAACUCGCCAUUUGCCAAAGCAGAAACGUCAGAAUGGGGUUUCACUCUCUGGAGCUUUAACGACAGUGAGCCCUGUCUCGCCUGUAAUGUCUCCAGCUGGAGCAGCUCAAAUUGCAGCCCAAGAACUUCUUGACUCCAUAUUAGACACGGUCGUUAGGAUUUUUGAAAACCAUGUUAUUGUUGGUGAGCUACUUGAGUCAAAGGCUUCACAACAAGUUAACAUGAACACUCCAAAAGCAAUGGCUGCUGAUGUCAGUUGGAGUCACGAUUCUGAUGCUUCUCAUGAUACUGGUGGCUAUACGAUUGGCUUUUCCUUAACUGUUCUACAGAGUGAGUGCCAACAACUAAUAUGUGAAAUCUUACGGGCAACUCCUGAAGCUGCCUCUGCUGAUGCUGCUGUUCAAACUGCUAGACUCGCCAGCAAGGCCCCCUCUAAAGAUAAGAGGCAAGCAUUUAUGGAAGAUGGUCUCACCUUUGCAUUUCGCUUUACAGAUGUUACUAGUGUUUCCGUUCCUAACCAGGGGACCGACCUUAUCCGCCAAGGAUGGAGAAAGGGUCCGAAUGCUGUCCAAGAAGGUUAUGGUUCUGGAGCAGUGUUACCAGAGCAAGGGAUAUAUUUAGCAGCAUCAGUUUACAGACCAGUACUGCAGUUUACAGAUAAAGUUGCAUCGUUGCUUCCUCAAAAGUUUUCCCAGUUUGGCAAUGAUGGAUUGCUUGGAUUUACUGAGAACUUCUUGAAGGAUCACUUCUUACCAACAAUGUUUGUAGAUUAUCGGAAAAGUGUACAACAAGCCAUAUCAAGUCCAGCAGCAUUUCGCCCGCGAGCUAAUGCAGCUGCCUCUUACACUCCAUCAAUUGAGAAAGGACGCCCAGUUUUACAAGGAUUAUUGGCAAUAGAUUACUUGACAAAAGAGGUACUUGGGUGGGCGCAAGCAAUGCCAAAAUUUUCCAGUGAUCUAGUCAACUAUGUGCAAACUCUCCUUGAAAGAACGUACGAAAGAUGUCGAACUUCAUAUAUGGAGGCAGUUCUUGAGAAGCAAAGUUAUAUGCUUAUUGGAAGACACGACAUCGAUAACCUGUUGCGACUUGAUCCCGCCAGUGCAUGUUUACCGGAUUCUCUAAACCAAAGAAUCAGAGAUACUGAUGCAUCUGAUACUGAACUCACUGAAGUAGAGACACAAUUAAGUGAGAUACUGCUGAAUUUAAGGCCUAUUAGGCAGGAGAACCUGAUUCGUGAUGAUAACAAACUUAUUCUAUUGGCUUCCUUGAGCGAUUCCUUGGAAUAUGUUGCAGACUCAAUAGAAAGGCUAGGGCAAUCAUCUUCCAAAUUUGAUGAUCUUGUAGAAGAUAACGAAACAAGGAAGCCCUUGAGUCAUGCCAGAACAAAUAGUGCACCUACUAAAGAUCUUGCAUCAUUUUCUGAAGAAUAUAGAAGACUGGCAAUUGACUGCCUCAAGGUUUUACGUGUAGAGAUGCAGUUGGAGACUAUUUUCCAUAUGCAGGAAAUGGCAAAGAGGGAGUAUUUGGAUGAUCAAGAUGCUGAGGAGCCUGAUGAUUUUGUUAUAUCAUUAACUUCAAAGGUAACACGUCGAGAUGAGGAAAUGGCACCAUUUGUUGCGGAUGUGAAGCGGAAUUACAUAUUUGGGGGAAUAUGUGGCAUUGCAGCUAAUUUGUCGAUAAAGGCCUUGUCUGAAAUGAAGUCUAUCAACCUUUUUGGCGUUCAGCAGAUUUGUCGUAAUUCAAUAGCACUGGAACAGGCAUUAGCUGCUAUUUCAUCAAUUGAUAGUGAAGAUGUACAAAUGAGGUUGGAUCGUGUACGGACAUAUUAUGAAUUGUUAAAUAUGCCCUUUGAGGCAUUGCUUGCAUUUAUUUCAGAGCAUGAGCACCUUUUCACAGCCACUGAGUACGCAAAUCUUUUGAAGGUCCAUGUCCCAGGAAGGGAAAUUCCUGAUGAUGCACAGGAUCGCGUGAGAGAAAUUAUGGCUCACUAA